CUGCACAGUAACGUUUCCUUUUUUCUUUUCUUCUUUACUAUUUUCAUUUUGUCAUAAAGAUACGCAGACCAUGACUGCCGUCGUCUCAACAAACUGCCCUGAUCUUCAAUUCGUUGCCCGCGGAAAAGUCCGUGAUCUCUACAGAGUCGACGACCACUCACUCCUUUUUGUCGCCACCGACAGGAUCAGUGCUUUCGAUGUGAUCAUGAACAAUGGAAUUACCAACAAAGGCAAGCUUCUUACAAAGAUCAGCGACUUCUGGUUCUCAUAUCUCAAGGAUGUUGUACCCAACCAUCUGAUCACCGCCAACUUUGAAGAGAUGCCUGAUAAAGUCAAACAGUACCGUGAUCAACUCGAAGGUCGAUCCAUGCUUGUUAAGAGUCUGCGUGUCCUUCCCAUUGAAUCAAUUGUCCGAGGGUACAUCACUGGUUCUGCAUGGAAAGAGUACAAGGAGAAGGGAACUGUGUGCGAUAUUGCUCUUCCUGAAGAUAUGCAGGAAAGUCAAGCAUUCCCCAAGCCAUUGUGGACACCAAGUACCAAAGCCGAAAUCGGCGAUCAUGAUGAAAAUAUUCACCCAAGCAAAGCUGCAGCCAUCAUUGGUGAGAAGCAUGCUGCCGAAAUGGCUAGGGUCUCUGUUGAGCUCUACACCAAGGCUCGUGACUAUGCUUUGGAGCAUGGAAUUAUCAUUGCCGACACCAAAUUUGAGUUUGGUGUCGAUGAGAACGAUAAUCUUUACUUGAUCGAUGAGGUCUUGACACCAGAUUCUUCCCGCUUCUGGCCGGCUGCAUCUUAUAAAGUUGGAGCUAGUCAAGACAGUUUUGACAAGCAAUAUAUCCGUAACUACCUUGAAUCAAUUGGAUUCGACAAGACCACUGGUAUCACUCUUCCUGAGCAUGUAGUCACCAACACAAUGGCCAAGUAUCAAGAAGCAUAUAGGUUACUCACUAGCAAGGACGUGCAGCUCUAGAGAUUACUAAAUAGUUCGAAUAAAUUAUUGCCUGGCUUUCAUUAACAAUACAAAC